AUGACCAGCACAGAGGCCACUCGGUCAGGUAAUUUGAUUCUGGACCGUUGUUUGCAUUUUGGUAACAGUGUGUUAGUGUUGUUUGAUUCAGGAGCUUCGCACUCCUUCAUAUCCAAUGAUUGUGUGGAGAGAUUGGGGUUGUCUACUCGUGACCUUGGAUGCGAGUUGAUAGUCUCGACACCGGCAUCUAGACAAGUUUCAACAAAUUUAGCAUGUGUUGGAUGCUUGAUGGAGGUAGAGAGCAGACGCUUCAAGGUGAAUCUAGUUUGCUUGCCCUUGGAGGGAUUGGAGGUCAUACUGGGAAUGGACUGGCUGUCUAUCAACCAUGUGGUACUUGAUUGUGGACGACACUGGAUUGUGUUCCCAGAAACAGAGGGGAUAGAGUUGGUGACGUCUGGAGAGGCAGUGAAAGAGAUGAAGAAGGGGUCUACUUGUUUUGUGAUAGUGGCCUAG